AUGUCUACGACGACUACUACCACCACCGUUACCUGGGUCACUCCAGCAGCGAAGCAGCCCCCAGGUCAACCCGAAAUCAACUAUGCGCCCGACUACGACAAGUGGCAAGCCCGCGUCGCCAGACGGCUCUCCCAAGGCAACCUCCAUACCGAGUUGCCCGACGGGUUUCCCUCUCAGCUGACCGGGCCCAUGGUGUGGGAGGGCGAGACACUGGCAGAGACGUACGACUGGACGUACGUCCUGAACGCCGAGCAGCUGGCCGAGGUUGACCGAGCUGUCGCUCACUUCCACUCUCUCCAUCUUUCGUACGGCCACAUCAACGUCGAGACCUUCCCGUUACCGACCCUGCAUCCUGUUCUUCGACGCCUCUCUCAUGAGUUGCACAGCGGCCACGGCUUUUUUGUUCUCCGCGGCAUCAAGGUCGAGGAGCACACCCGGGAGGAGAACUUCAUCAUCUAUGCUGGCCUCUCUGCUCACGUGGCCGCACAGCGAGGACGGCAAGACCACAAGUACAACGGCGAGCCCGCCGACGUGGUCCUCACUCACGUCAAGGACCUCAGUCACGCCGACCCGAACAACAUAAUCGGCAGCCCGGCCUACACUACUGACAAGCAGGUCUUCCACACUGACUCGGGCGACAUUGUCGCUCUCUUCGCCCUCGAGACCGCCAAGGAGGGAGGCGCAAGUAAGCUGACUAGUACGUGGCGGGUGUAUAACGAGAUCGCCCGGACACGGCCUGACCUGAUCCACACCCUGUCCGAGCCGUGGGAUAUGGAAGUGUUCGAAAAGGCCGACAAGCAGUGGACAGAGAGGCCGUUGUUGUACCUCCUGCCCGCCACCGAGACAUCGCCCCAGAGGGUCUCGUUGCAGUACGGGCGCCGCUACUUUGUAGGAUUCGGGGCUCUGCCGCGCAGCUCAGAGAUCCCGCCCAUCACCGAGGCCCAGGCUGAAGCCCUGGAUACCCUGCACUUCACCGGGGAGAGGUUUUGCGUGAACACGGAAUUCGAAAAGGGCGACAUCCAGUACGUUAACAAUCUCAGCCUCUUCCACGCCCGCGACGGCUUCGUCAACCAGGACGAGAAGCAGCGCCACCUACUCCGUCUUUGGCUCCGCGAUCCGGAGAGUGCGUGGGCCACUCCCGAAGUCCUCCAGAAGAGAUGGGAUCAGAUCUACAAGGAUGUCCGGCCUGAGACUGAGGUUUUCCCGCUCGAGCCAUACAUCCGCAGCGCAGCCAACAAGGGUCGCUAG